AAAGUGUUUAUUUAUUUAUUUUUUUUAAAUUGUGUUUCUGCCCCAGUCUAAUCAAUUGCUAGUAAUCCAACCAUCCGAUGUCAUUGAUUUUGGCAGGUCUAGUUUUCCAAUUUUCAUGCAACCAAAACAGAAAAUUUUCCUCUAUAAAUGCCUGUUCCUAUUUUUUUUUCUUAAUUUUCUUCUUGUCCUCAAACGUUGUACUGCGCUUGGCCUGACUCUAUCUCUACUCUUCAUCUCUCUUUCUUUUUCCGUACCAACGGGAAAGUCUAGUCCUCUCUUCUCUUUCUUUUUAUCUGGUUUCUUUUCUUUCUCUUUCGCAUCCAUUUCCCUCUUUCUGCCUCUUUGACACAAUCAGAAUUGAUCUCAAGCCAUGGAGAAACUCAUCAUAUCUCCAUCUUCUUCUUCUUCUUCGCUACUCCCUUCAUCACAAGAAACCCCAGCUACUAUCCAACAGAGGCUCCAAUUCAUGCUCCAAAGCCAGCCUGACUGGUGGGCCUAUGCCAUAUUCUGGCAAACAUCAAACGAUGAAACUGGCCGCGUCUUCCUCGCAUGGGGAGAUGGCCACUUCCAAGGCACCAGAGAUACAUCCCCAAAACUAACCACCGUCAACAGCCACCUCCAACACCGCAUUCCUACCUUCAACUUAGAGAGGAAAAGACCCGUGAAUGGAAUCCAAGCUCUCAUCGGUGAAUACCAUGACACAGAUGGGUCUAUGAUCGAUCACAGAGAUGCCACUGACGCUGAAUGGUUCUAUGUGAUGUCCCUCACUAGAUCUUUCUCGGCCGGAGAAGGUAUUCCUGGAAAGGCGCUUAGCACUGGUUCUUUGGUCUGGUUAACUGGUGGGCAGGAACUACAAUUCUACAACUGUGAAAGAGCCAAAGAGGCACGAAUGCAUGGCCUUGAAACCCUGGUUUGCAUACCUACGUGUAAUGGGGUUCUUGAAUUGGGCUCAUCUGAUAUGAUCAGAGAGAAUUGGGGCCUUGUUCAACAAGCCAAGUCUCUCUUUGGGUCAGAUCUCGCCGGUCUGAUGCCCAAAAAUUCCAAUCCAACCACAAUACCCAACCAGUUACUCGACAUGAACAUUUCUUUCGCUGAUAUAGGCAUAAUUGCAGGAAUACAAGGGGGAGAUGCAGCCCCUGAGGAGAAGUUCGCACAAGAAGAUGAGGCAAAGAAAGAGAGUGCUACAGCGGGCCUCUCAUACGUAGACUCGGAGCAUUCUGACUCAGACUGUCUUUUAGUUGCUGCUACGACUAUAGAGAAAAGAACCCCGAAGAAAAGAGGGAGAAAACCAGCGUUAGGCCGAGACACGCCAUUGAACCACGUAGAGGCGGAGCGGCAGCGGCGGGAGAAGCUCAACCACCGGUUCUACGCCCUGCGAGCUGUUGUUCCAAACGUUUCCAGAAUGGACAAAGCAUCACUGCUAUCUGAUGCUGCGUGCUAUAUAAACGAACUGAAGGCCAAAAUUGAUGAAUUGGAGUCACAGCUACAAAGAGAGAAAUCCAAAAGGGCGAAAUUGGAAGUGACUGAUAAUACAGAUAAUCAAAGCACAACCACUUCUGUAGAUCAAGCCGGGCCUAAUUCUGGUGGAACUGCAUUUGCACUUGAUAUUGAUGUUAAGAUUAUUGGUAAUGACGCCAUGAUUAGGGUUCAAUCUGAGAAUCUCAAUCAUCCAGGUGCUAGGUUAUUGUCUGCACUACGUGAUCUUGAAUUUCAAGUGCACCAUGCUAGUAUGUCCACUGUUAACGAUCUCAUGGUUCAAGAUGUGGUGGUUAAACUUCCUAAUGGAUUCAGAACUGAAGAGGGAUUGAAAUCCACACUCGUUAGAGUAUUAGAACAAUAAGAUUACUGCUGAUAAUUGCUUGUAAUGUAUACGUAAUGGUGGACGGUUUAUUUAAUUUCUUUGUUCUCCAUCUUAA